GUUGCUUCACCUCAGUUCCACAAAUUCCUCUGAACAGAGCAGUUCCAGGCUGUGACAACACCUUCAAGGCAAGACAACUAUCAUGGAGAAAGGACAAGGACCCCCUCCCCAAAUUCCAGCACCACCUUACCCUGGCCCUCCUAUGGGAAUUGCACCUGCAGUUCAACCUGCUCAACAGCCUGCUUACCAAUACAAUGCACAGCAGCCAGUGACAGUUCAACCUGUGACCCAGGUGGUGGUGGUGAACCCAAACCAGCUGGGAGACGUUCCUGGACAUAUGGCUUGUCCUUAUUGCCACAAUAACAUUAUCACUCGAACUGAACACACAAACGGUCUUCUCACAUGGGUGAUCUGCGGCACACUCGGAAUCUUCCUCAUCUGGCCUUGCUGCUUGAUCCCCUUCUGCGUGAAUUCUUGCAAAGACGUGGAACACUACUGCCCCAUCUGUAACAACGUCAUUUACAAAUACAAACGCAUGUGAGCAGAACUGCAUUGUAAACUGUUCAGAUCGCAUCAUCUUGAAGGCAGCACUCCUGUGUCAUAUGGUUAUUCCUGUAUUACUGCAUUGUCUAUAUACUGAGCUGCACUACCUUAUGUGACAUAAGAGUGAACUUCAUUAUCUGGACUUGAACCAAUUCAUAUGCCAACAUACACGUAUAUUUUCUAUAAUUAAUAUAAUGUUCCAGCAUAUCAGUAGAUGAAUAUAAGAGCAUAAGUAUGUGAUCUAAUAGAAAUGUGAUAUUUCAGACAUAAAUGUUGUAUUUCAUAACAUCUUGAAAUGUAUCUUGUGUGUUUUUUUUAAUUUUAGAUAAGUUUGUGAAAAUGUCAAAAAUGAAAAUAUUUUAUAAAUAUGAAUGUCAUGUUUGCUUCAAAGAUUCAAUCUAUUGAUCAGCUUGUCAUUGAGUUUUUCUCUUAAACCCUUGGCAGUUGCACUCUUCAGCAGAAACUUCUACAUCGUAGACGCUAAGAAAUUAUCAAAUGUGCAUCAAAGAAAUACUGACAGGGGCAGUGAAAAGAACAUCGAUUUAGAUUUGGACAUUAACCAGGUAAAACAGCCAUUUGUAAUCAAAGUUAAACCGGUGAACUACCAAGGACACUAGCAGAUACAGGGGUAUGCAGCAUUCGUGUAAUUCGGAACUGUGACAAUUCUCAGGAGAGAAGUUAUAUUUUUUACUUUAGAGCGUAAAAUGAGAAUUAACAACAAAAACAAUAAAUAAGCCUAUCCUUAAAGGUGCAUUAAGGAGUUUUACAACCUUAAAAAUACUUAUUUUCCACCAUAAAUAUGUUACACAUUUUUAAUGAUGUGUACAAUGUGU